AUGGAACCCCACCACGGUGUGCUAGGUCAAACUUCUCCCAGCUCCUACCGCCUGGAAACCAACACCACCACGUUCAGUCCCGGAGAUCGGAUCCAAGUCGUUCUAUCCGGAACAUCGCAUUUUGAGGGAUUUCUGCUUCAGGCCAGAGAUGCAGCCAAUCAGGGCUCAGUAUCCACAGUUGGCACCUUCACCCUGACCAAUCAGAAAAUGACACAGCUACUCACCUGUAGUAAUCACCAGGGUUCAGCAGUGAGCCAUACAAGUAAGGCCAGACAGACUGAGGUUGUUGUCAUCUGGAAUGCUCCUACAGAUGUUCCCGAACAGGUUCAGUUUUUUGUGACUGUAGUUGCCCACUACAAUGUAUUUUGGGUGAAGCUGCCUGGACCAAUCAUCUAUCAGCAUGGUGUUACGCCUCACCCACCUCCGUCAGACACUACACCUCAUCCAGUGCAACCUACAACCAACCCCUCCACCCUGCCCGGGCCUUUUACUUCUGAGGGAUGUGGCCAAACUAAAUCCUGUCUGCUAGAUCCUCCAGGCUGUGAUCCAGAAGAAGAUCCUCGCUGCGUCUUCCUGUCCAUGACUACAGAGGGGCCACACAAAAUGUCUGUGGUAUUUGAGCUGAGUGGGCCAGCGGAGGGUUACGUUUCCUUUGCACUGUCCUGGGACACAUGGAUGGGUGAUGACGAUGUGUAUAUGUGUGUAAAAGAUGGGGAUAGAGUCUCAGUGAGUGCUGCCUUCAUCAGUGGACGUUCACACCCGGAGGACCAAUCACAGUCUGGUCUCUCCUCUGUGUCAUGGCGGCUGGCUGAUGGAGUGAUUCAGUGCAGGUUGAGUAGACCAGUCAAAUUGACCAAUCCAGCCCGCUAUGAUCUGGACCAAGACUACUUCCUGUUUCUAGCUUCUGGACAGACUCAGUACGGUAAAUUAUGGAAACAUAGUCAGCAGCCAUUAAUCUCCAGUCACAGAAAACACAUCACUGGACCCCCUGAGGUCCUGAGAGGCUCCCGGGGACCCAUCCUAAUGAAACUGCAUGGUGCACUGAUGCUGCUAGCCUGGAUGCUAACAGGAAGUGUUGGUACCUUCAUUGCCAGCUUCUACAAACCUGAUUGGCCAAAUAAAACUCUGCUCGGCCAAAAAGUCUGGUUCCAGGUUCAUCGAGGCCUGAUGAUGCUAACUGUGACUCUGACCAUUGUAGCCUUUUGCCUCCCAUUUUUUUACAGGAAAGGUUGGAGCAAGCAUGCAGGUGUCCAUCCAUACCUAGGCUGCAGUGUUCUAACAUUAUCUCUGAUUCAACCCAUCAUGGCUGUGAUGCGACCAUCAGCUGACUCCCACAGGAGAUAUAUCUUUAACUGGGGCCACUGGGGACUUGGGUCUGUGACUGAGAUCUUGGCAGUGGCAGCCAUGUUCCUGGGGAUACGUCAAUCCUCCCUGCUCCUCCCGCAGCCAUGGGCAACACAUGUUCUGAUUGGCUACGUGACAUGGCUGGCCUCGUUCAGAUUCCUCCUCCUGAUGCACAAGCACCUUUACAUCCAAAAAUCAGCAGCGGGGUCAGAUGACCAGCUGGCCAUCCUUUCAGAGCCUGGGCGAUGGGGGUUCAUAAAGUCUCUCAUCUUGGCUGCCUUGGCUCUGGGAAACUCUGGUCUCACCGUGGCCCUGCUGUCUUCUAUUGCUGACAUUUGA